GAGCAGCAGGCGGAUGAGCACAGAAUCCAGCGGCGCUUCAUGUGGCAAGAGAUGAACAACUCGGUGAUGGGCAGCGUCCUGGGGCGCAUGUUUGGCGGUGCCAGGGCCAUGAAGAGCAUGUUCACGGACCUCCUGCCGAGCCCCGCGGUGUCGGGGCACACGAAGAAGAGCCCCGCAACGAUCGACCUGCGGCCCACGGAGAUGACGCGCGUGAAGUACAUCAUCCGGAAUCCGCACACCCACAAGCCGAUGAAGAUCAUCAAGAUGCGGCCGUCGGCCAAGAAGGUGGUGCAGCUGCGGCGACCCCUGCCCAAGCCCAGGCCGGGCGUGGCGACGGAGGCGACAACGCACUCCCUCAGCUACGACCAUCGGAUGCGGCAGCUGGAGAAGGAGCAGGAGCUGAUCGCCGAGGGCAAGGCACCGCUGACCAGCGACGAGGAUCUCAUGGACAAGUACUUCCGGAAGAAGGCCAAGGGGGGCCCGGGGAGUGCCAGCAACGAAGUCGUCUCCGGCAAGAUCAUGGAGUACCAGAGCUGGAAGCCCGUCUACAAGGCCGGCGAGCAGCCCAGCAGCGGCUCCUUUGUGACCCUGCGGCCACAGGCCCUCACACAGCUCCACACGGAUAUAUCCAGUAGCGGGAGGGACCAUCACCAUGACCAUCAUGACCAGGACCAUGAGCUCCUGCCCAAGCCGGAGAAGCUGGUGGGCUACGAGUACGGCAGCGAGGAGGAGACCGAGAACGAGCUGGCCAAGCAGAUGGGCCACCGCUACGAGGUCACCGAGCACACGGGCGACUCCAGCGGGGAGUACGAGGCAGUGGCAUCGAUGGAGAGCGGCUUUGUGCCCAUCAAGGGGUAUCGGAGUCAACCGCCGCAGGAGCAGCAUCCACCGCGGCCCAGGAGCCGAGGCACAACCACCAGCAGCACCACGACCACCACCACCGAAGCCCCCAACUACCCUCCGUCGUUCCUGAAGAAGUACCGCGAACGGGAGGCGGCGGCCACCACCAGACGACCUCGGAAGCAGCACAAACAGCAGCAGCAGCAGCAGCAGAUCCACGGCGGCGAUGGAGGGGGUGGUGCCAGUGAGGAAGACUCGAUCACCACCAGCCAGCCGUCCUCCUCGAUGAGCAGCCUGCGGGCCCGUCUCCAGGAGCAGCAGCGUCGCACCAAGCACCAGCACCAGCACCAGCACAAGCAGCGGCUGGAGGACGAGGAGUACGAGGCGGCCCUGGUGGAGGCCAUGCACGGGGACAAGUGGCCGGCGGAGGUGCACCACAGCGGCUACCAGCUGAGCAGCCCCAUCGGCCCGAGUGCAGUGGCCUUCGAGCAGGCGGUGCCACAACCAGGAGCAGCCAAGUAUCCCCAUCCCAAGGAGCACAAGCGGCCGCCGCGGGCCAACAUCCGGGAGCGGGGAUCUGUGAAGUUUGGCGACAAGCCCAGCUACGAGGACGAGGAGGCGGCCUGA